AUGGCUGGUCAGAGAUUGCUCUGGCUGGAGGAGCCUUCAGCAAAGAAUGCUGUGCUGGCAGUGAUAUCAAAACAAUUGAAGAAAGGUCCUGCUGGUGAGGCUUAUACCUUAGACCAAUUAAAAGUGCCUCAAGAAACACUGAAAAAGCAAAAUAAUCAGUACCUCCAUCAAUACAAGAAAAUGAACAUGGCAUUUAUUGGCACAGCAGCAUACCAUCAACACAUGAAAAAGACACCUGGUAACUGUCACAUGACUUCACUUCAGGAAAUUGACAGGCUAAUGGAUGAAAAGUGGAAAGACAUCAAUGAAGUGGAUGAAGAUGAUGAGAAGAUUGAUAUUGAUGAAAAGCUCUCAAAGAUCUACAAGUAA